CUUCAUUUGUGCCUGCAAUUGAAGGGUUCCAGAGACUUCCGUCCCCCUCUCUACACUCUCACUCCUCGCUUUCUCUCUGCAAUCUUAAAGCUCUCAAACCACAAGCCAACCAUAACCAAACCCUCCCUCACCUUUUCUUUCUCCCUUCUCUCUCUUUCCUCUCCUCUCUCGAACUUUCCCCAACUGCCUCUGGUGCGUCUUCUACGACUCCGACAUCGACGAGCUAGAUGGCUCCUUUGCCUGACCAAGUCCCUCACCGGACGAGGAUCUGGAUCCGACCGACAAAGCUUGGAGAUUUGUUGGACAUGGGGAUUUGGGGUGUGCGUAAACGGCAGAUGAAUCACAAGUUUUUGAAUUAGUGAUGCAAAGAUUAAUUUCGUCUUCAGUAGAUUAAUUAAAAGCUAGAAGUUGAGCCAGUGGUUUUUGAAAAAGUGCACAAAAAGGAGUUGAAGAACAAGCAGAGGGUAGAGGAGAGGCGCCGAAAAGAGGGGGAGAAAGCAAAGCAGGAAAAACAGAAGGAGGUUGAACCGAUCUAUGUAGUGAGUCGAAAUAAAAAUUAAACUCAGAGCUACAGAAUGAGAAUUUUGGUCUGAUAAAAAAUAGAAAGUGAACACAUAUCAGGAUAAUCUCACAAGGUGGCCUUAAAAGGAAUCAAGUAUGCAGGGAAAUGGUAUAUCAAAGGUAGAGAUUGACUCCAGGAUCAACAUAUCAAAGGUAAACAAACAAUACCUUCUACAUAGUCAACAUUCUGGAUGAAUUGGAAGAGAAGACAGUCCAAGUUGUCAUGCUAAGACAAAAGAAACUUACGUUGUACUGAAUUGGAGUUGCGGCUUCGAGUCACAAGUCAAAAACUCGCGUAAAUUAUUUCGGAUAUAAACUCAGUAUAGGACAUGAAGUAAAGAUGUCAAGGCGUAAUGUCUUAAACUCGUGUUGUCAAGAGAGAAAGUUGAAACAAAUGACAAUGCAUGAUGGGUUCAAAAUGUUAGGUGUCUCAGACCUAUCACUCAUCGCCAUGUGGAAAAGUGUUGAAGCACAAGACGAAGUGUAACAGAUUUGGGACAUGACCAACUUGAUAUCUCUGUUUAAUGUAAGUCUUUCUCCUAAACUUACAGAUGAUUAUGAGUUUUUCCUCUCGUCAACCUUCACUAUUGAAGUAUUCUUCUAGUCACGAAUUUAAUAAUCCCAACAACUCAUCUUCCUAAACUUUUCCUCCAUCUAUAUCAAAAUCACUGUCAAUGCUGGUUUAUCUUCUCUAUAAAAUCUCAGUUCCUCUGCAAAAAAUACAAUGAUUCGAGCUCUACUCUAACCUUAUCGUUUAGACUCUACUGAUUUGUGCGUGAUGGGUUCUCGAGUUUUGCUUGUUUUUUAUCUUGCAGCAGUAGCUAUUGCAUCAGUGGAAUGCUACUCGGAAGGAGAUGCUCUGAGUGUCUGGAAAUCCAGCUUGGUCGACCCAAACAAUGUCCUCCAGAGCUGGGAUCCAACGUUACGAAAUCCAUGCACCUGGUUCCACGUUACUUGCAAUUCUGAAAACAGUGUUACAAGGGUGGACCUUGGCGAUGCUAACCUGUCAGGACUUAUUGUCCCUGAGCUGGGAAUCUUGGCCAACCUUCAGUACUUGGAGGUAUUUGGCAAUAACCUCUUUGGAUCUAUACCAAAGGAAAUCGGUAACUUGACAAAACUCGUCAGCUUGGACCUUUACCAGAAUAAUCUCACAGGGACAAUUCCGACAUCUUUGGGACACCUCCCUUCCUUGAGGUUUAUGAGGGUCUUUAGCAAUAGUCUGACUGGACCUAUUCCUCUUAGUCUCGGAAAUUUGAAAUCUUUACAGAUCUUGGAAUUAAACAGUAACUUGCUCACUGGCACUAUACCUGCAGAGCUCCUUAAUCUCAUUCGAUUUGGCAACUUGAAUCUUUUCAAUGUAUCAGACAAUCUACUGCAAGGGACUGUACACCGUACCAAUUCAACAGUUACCACAAUAAUACAAGAUCCACAAGCUCAGAAGUAAGUGAAGAUGGGGAAAUGAAUACAGAAUCCCUACAUAAUAUAUCUAUGCAGUGCCUAUAUGUUGCUUACUAAAUAAUAAUUGUGAUUCCUAAUUCCUACAGCCCAAUAAACCUAAACAGAUGUUGCAUAUGUGAAGCUUCAUAGAUAAUCAAUAAAGCCUAUAUAUUGGUUUUGUUGAUUUCAAACUUUUAGGGCAAUAUUUUCUCCUCCUGCUGCUUGUGUAAUACUCAGUUAGUUGUAAUCAUGGAAGAAAAAAUCGAUAAUAUCGGUGAAAUAUUGCCGAUAUUAUCGUUUUUUUAGA